AUGUUACUCCAACCCAUCACCACCUCAAAGACUCCUCUUCACCACCACAGCCACCACCAUGUUUCUCUCUCUUACUCCCUCUCAUUCCGUUCUGGGUUAUCCAGUUCUUCACUUAUUAGGCCCAUCACAAGCCAAAGAAAUCCGGGUAUUACAUGUUCUAUAUCACAGGCUUAUAGCUAUGGAACACUUGAUUAUGAGAGGAGGCCAGUAAUGAAAUGGAACACUGUGUACAAGAGAAUAUCUAUGAUGCAGAACCUAGAAAUGGGUCCGGCGGGUGUGUUGAAUCAGUGUGAGAAUGAGGGCAAGAAGUUAACGAAAUGGGAGCUUUCUAGGGUUGUUAAGGAGUUGAGGAAGUUCAGGCGUUUCAAGCUUGCUCUUGAG